GCUCUGCCCCACCGCCGGCCUGAUCCUCCCUCCCGCCCGCAGCGCCCCGCGAUGCGGCCCGGCCCCCGCACCGCCCCCAGCCGCCCCCGGUGAUCCGGGCUCCCGGUGCUCCGGGCCGGGCCCCGCCAUGCUGCGGCGGCUGCUGGAGCGGCCCUGCACGCUGGCGCUGCUCAUCGGCUGCCAGUUCGCCUUCGUCGCCUACUUCUCCCUGGGCGGCUUCCGGAACCUCACCUCCCUCUUCGGCCGCGCCGCCGGCCCCGUGUUCGACUACUCCCGGACCCACGACGUCUACACCAACCUCAGCCGGCUGCUGCCCCGGCAGCCGCUCCGCCCCGACCCCGCGCAGCCGCUGCCCUUCUGCCCCGAGCGCUCGCCCUUCCUCGUGGGGCCGCUGACGGUGACCUUCAGCCGGGUGCCGACGCUGGAGCAGAUCCAGGCCAAGAACCCCGCGGUGCAGGAGGGCGGCCGGUACCGACCCGCCCACUGCGAGGCCCGGUCCCGCACCGCCGUCAUCAUCCCGCACCGCAACCGGGAGACGCACCUGGGGCACCUCCUCUACUACCUGCACCCCUUCCUGCAGCGCCAGCAGCUGCACUACGGCAUCUACGUCAUCCACCAGGCUGGCAACUCCACCUUCAACCGGGCGAAGCUGCUGAACGUGGGGGUGAAGGAGGCUCUGAAGGAUGAGGACUGGGACUGCCUCUACCUGCACGACGUGGACCUGAUCCCCGAGAACGAUCACAACCUCUACACCUGCGACCCCUGGCACCCCAAGCACGUCUCCGUCGCCAUGAACAAGUUCGGCUACAGCCUGCCCUACCCGCAGUACUUCGGGGGGGUCUCUGCCCUCACCCCCGAGCAGUACCUGCGCAUCAAUGGCUUCCCCAACCAGUACUGGGGCUGGGGCGGGGAGGACGACGACAUCGCCACCAGGGUGCGCCUGGCUGGCAUGAAGAUCGCUCGGCCGCCGGUCUCCAUCGGGCACUACAAGAUGGUAAAGCACAAGAGCGACAAAGGCAACGAGGAGAACCCCCACAGGUUCGACCUGCUGGUGCGGACGCAGCGGAUGUGGACGCAGGACGGGAUGAACUCCCUCAGCUACCAGCUGCUGGCCAAGCAGCUGCACCCCCUCUACACCAACGUCACCGUGGACAUCGGCACCGACCCCCGCGCCGCCCGCGGGCGCCGGGCGCCGCCGCCGGGCCGCGAGGGGCUGCCGGACCGCAGCGGCCUCUUCCGCCAGGAGAUGCUGCGCAAGCUGCCCGGCGGCGCCGCGGGCCGGGCGCAGCCGGGGCCGGCCCUGCCCCCUGCGCCCGCCCGCGGCGGGUAA